AUGGGGAGGGCUCCGUGCUGCGACAAGAACAAUGUGAAGAAAGGGCCAUGGUCUCCAGAGGAGGAUGCCAAGCUCAAGGAGUUCAUCGAGAAGCACGGCACCGGUGGGAAUUGGAUCGCUCUUCCUCAAAAAGCAGGAUUAAGGAGAUGUGGCAAGAGCUGUAGGCUUAGAUGGUUAAACUACCUGAGGCCUAACAUUAAACAUGGGGAGUUCACUGAGAACGAAGACAGGGUCAUCUGCAGCAUGUAUGCAAGUAUAGGAAGCAGGUGGUCGAUCAUUGCGUCGCAGCUGCCCGGGCGCACCGACAACGACAUCAAGAACUACUGGAACACCAAGCUGAAGAAGAAGCUCCUCGGCUCCACCGCCGCCCCACACCCUCACCGCGCGCCGCGGCAGCAGCAGCACCACCCGCCCUGCCUCAACCUGAUGCUCCAGCACACGUCGUCACCCUCCUUACCCCAGGCCACCUACAACAGCUUCUUCUCAGGCGCCGGCGGAGUCCUCCACCACGACCCCAUCAUCCCCGCACUAGCACUGCCGCAGACGCCCCAGGACUACAUGCUAAGCACCGGUGCAGGCCUUGGCAUCCCAACCAACGCCCCGUCGUCACUGCUGCACGCGCAGCAGCAGCAGCAGUUUCAGCACCACCUGCAGCAAGUGGUGAAGGAGGAGAGCGGCAGCAUGAUCGUGUUCGGCAGCGACCAGCAGAGUUGCAGCUCGUCGGACGGCGGCGCGCACAGCCAGCAGCCGCCGCAGUUCGGCGGCCAUGGCCAUGGCAAGGAGCUGAGCUUCGACGGCUACUUAUUCGGCUACAACAAUGGCGGCAGUGGCAUGGAGCAUGACAGCAGGCUGCUUCUUCAUCAGCUGCAAGAUGCUCACCAGCAGGCCCAUCAGCAGGUGCCGGUGGAGUACAACUACGAGGACAUCAAGCAGCUGCUCAUGAGCACAACCGCCGCCGGUAGUUUGCACGGCGGCCAUGAGGACGGCGGAAUGGAAGGGUUCGGCGGCGGCGGCUCUCAAGGGAAGGUGACGAUGAUGUAA